AUGUAGGUGAUCACGCCAGAUGCAACACACAUUCCACAGUAGAGGAAUAGCAAAUUACGUCGUGUAAUCAAGAUGACAGACCACGGCUAUAAAAGCGAAGGUGGAAGUGGGAAGUUUGUCGCAGCCAUGUCCUGUCCGUUUCUACGCGAGCCACCCAUUGCGGAAGGUGCAAGAGUGAUAAGGAGAGUGUUCAGAAUCCAACGUAUAUUGCGGGAUAGACAGGAUCCUUUAGCACAGCGCGACAGUGUGCUCAUAGAGAGAUACCGAUUUUCCCGUGAGGGUAUCAUCUACCUAACCAACUUGCUGGAUCCCCAUGUUAAGAGUACCACCCACCGUAGUCGGGCAUUAACAACUGCACAAACUGUGUGCAUUGCCUUGCGCUACUUUGCGAGUGGCACGUUCCUGUACACUUGUGGAGACGCAGAGAACGUUGGGAAAAGUGCCGUCUGCCGGGCCAUUCGCAAAGUGUACCUGGCACUCAAGCAUUUCCUGGGUGUGUUUGUGGUUUUUCCAAGCCACUUAAGACCACAGGUCGUCAAACAGGGCUUUUUCGCCAUUGCAGGUACAGUAAAUUGGAUAGUGAAUGUGAUGCAAUCAUGACCUAUGUCGGUAACUGUAGCUCCAACGUCCGCAGGCUUCCCGAAUGUGAUUGGCACCAUAGACUGCACACACAUUGCGAUCAAGGCCCCCCCAGGCCCCACUGAAGGGGACUUUGUCAACCGAAAGGGGGGCCACAGUAUAAAUGUGCAGAUGGUGUGUGACUCGAUGUGCCAUAUCACAAAUGUGGAAGCAAAAUGGCCCGGAUCAGUGCAUGACUCACGGAUCUUCAGAGAGUCAGGGUUAUGCACAUCAUUUGAGCGUGGGGCCUACGAUGGGAUCCUCCUCGGAGAUAGAGGUUAUGCAUGCAGGCAGUACUUCAUGACACCGUUCCCUGACCCCAACCCUGGGCCACAAACCCGCUACAAUGCAGCCCUAGCCAGGACAAGGGCACGCAUUGAAAUGACCUUUGGGCAACUGAAGGAACGAUUCCAGUGUCUAAAACGCCUGAGGGUUGCACCUGACAGGGCAUGUGACAUUAUUGUUGCAUGUGCCGUACUGCACAACAUUGCCACCAUCAGAAGAGAGAGGACCCCCGUGGUGGAGGUGCAGCCUGAUGAUGACCUCCAGCCAGUGCACCUGGACCAACCUAGUGGCAGAGCUGCACGGGACAGGAUUGUGCAACACAAUUUCGCAUAAU